ACCCGUCUGUGUUGGUUGUUUGUUUACCUUUCACUGGUGUGUGCGCUCGCAGGCCAAGUGCGCCUCUCAACGAGCGAUUAAACACCGCCACACACACUCUGUAUGCAUCUACACUCCAGUGCAUCAAGAUGGUCGUGAUUAGCGUGGCCAGGUUUACCGAAAUACAGACCUUCAUCCGCAACUACAACGGACUGUUCGUCAACUGUAAUUUGGAGCUGGAGUCGAAGUUUCCCGAGUACUCACCGGAUACGCUCGGCAGCAUCGUGGCGAAAGAGGUAAUACAGCGCGUCAAAUCGAACCACUCCAAACUGACCGCCCGAGCUGCUUCAAUGGUUAAAGAGUUUCAAACGCUCGCCAAGCAAACACCCACCGCUCAAGAUAUACUGCAGAAAAUGGCCAUCGAGUGGCGCAUUCCGUCAACGGUUUUGUGUCGGAUUUUUCUGGCAAAAUUUUAUCCCGACGCUUCGAAAUCGGAGAUCAACGAAAUGCUGCGUAUGCCCGAUCUGAUACCCGAUUCGUUGCUGGCCGUGAACGUGAGCUGCUGUCUGUAUAGUGAGAUCAUGGAUGGACCUAUCACCGAUCUGGUGCGCCGCUUUAUCGGCGAAGAGUACGAGGUGCGGUUGAAGAAAAUGGCCCGUGAAGCGGGUAUGGUGUUCUACGACGAGGGUGACCUUCGCCGGACGGGCUACGAUAAAACGCCGGACCUGAAAAUGGCAGUACCGUUUAUGUACCGUGGUCAGGUGAUCAAUUGGAUCGAGAGUAAGGCAUCGUUCGGCGAUAUGGAUUCGCACAAACGGUACGUAAAGGAUCAACUGUCGAGCUAUGGGAACCGCUUCGGACCCGGCAUCGUUAUAUACUGGUUCGGGUACGUAGAGAGCAUUGCGGAUUGUCCGGAUAAUGGUAAUUAUGUGAUAGUGACCGAUGGGUUCCCCGAUAAGGAUGAGAUGGAAUUUCUUACCUUUAAUCUACCCGUACUCGAUGAAGAAGACCCACAGAAACAAGGCGCUGGCAGUUAAUGAUACUAGAAAUUAAAUAUACUUGUAUAUUCUUAAGCUUAA